AUGGCAGCGAAUAGGAACCUGAAGCAAGUGCGGAUCGAGAACAGCUCUCCAGCAGCGCCGUUGGGCAUGGUAGGGGGUGGUGGUGGCGGAGGCAACUUGAAGGGAUUGCGGGGCCUAGAAACGGAGAGUGAGGCAUCGGCGGCCAUGGCGCUAGUACCGAGUAAAGAAGGUGCAGAUGAGGAGCAGGAGGUCGGGUUUACCAUCGAUAUCAAAAGCUUUCUCAAACCUGGCGAGAAAAGCUACACGCAGCGCUGCCGGCUGUUCGUGGGGAAUCUGCCUACCGAUAUUACCGAAGAAGAUUUCAAGCGCCUCUUCGAGCGCUACGGGGAACCCAGCGAGGUCUUCAUUAAUCGGGACCGUGGCUUCGGCUUUAUUCGCCUGGAAUCUAGGACUCUGGCUGAAAUAGCAAAGGCAGAACUUGAUGGUACUAUUUUGAAGAGCAGACCACUUCGAAUUCGAUUUGCUACACAUGGAGCUGCCCUAACGGUGAAGAACCUUUCACCUGUGGUUUCUAAUGAGCUUCUGGAACAAGCAUUCUCGCAAUUUGGGCCAGUGGAAAGAGCUGUCGUUGUAGUAGAUGAUCGUGGCAGAGCUACAGGAAAAGGUUUCGUGGAGUUUGCUGCAAAACCUCCAGCACGGAAAGCUCUAGAAAGAUGUAGUGACGGGGCAUUCUUGCUAACAACAACACCUCGACCUGUUGUUGUAGAACCAAUGGAGCAAUUUGAUGAUGAAGAUGGGCUCCCUGAGAAACUAAUGCAGAAAACACAACAGUAUCACAAGGAAAGAGAACAGCCUCCACGUUUUGCUCAGCCUGGAACAUUUGAGUUUGAGUAUGCUUCACGUUGGAAGGCUCUUGAUGAGAUGGAAAAGCAACAACGUGAACAGGUUGACAGGAACAUUAGAGAAGCCAAAGAGAAACUAGAGGCAGAAAUGGAAGCAGCUAGACAUGAGCAUCAGCUAAUGCUGAUGAGGCAAGAUCUCAUGCGACGUCAAGAAGAGUUAAGGCGUCUGGAAGAACUUAGAAAUCAAGAACUUCAAAAGCGCAAGCAGAUACAAUUGAGGCAUGAAGAAGAACAUAGGCGUCGUGAGGAAGAGAUGCUGCGCCAGAGGGAGCAAGAGGAAUUACGACGACAGCAGGAAGGGGGAUUUAAGCCAAAUUUCAUGGAUAAUAGAGAACAGGAAAUGAGAAUGGGUGAUAUGGGUCCUCGUGGAGCAAUAAACAUGGGAGAUGCGUUUAGCCCAGCCCCUGCUGGUAACCAAGGCCCUCCUCCAAUGAUGGGUAUGAAUAUGAACAACAGAGGAACUUUACCUGGCCCUGCAAUGGGGCCUGGUCCUUCCAUGGGACCAGAAGGAGCUGCAAAUAUGGGAACACCAAUGAUGCCAGAUAAUGGAACAGUGCAUAAUGAGAGAUUCCCUCAAGGAGGCCCAUCACAGAUGGGUUCACCUCUGGUUAGUAGAACGGGCUCUGAAACUCCUCAGCCGCCAAUGAGUGGUGUAGGUGCCGUGAGUGGUGGACCUGGUGGCUUUGGUAGAGGAAACCCAGGGGGCAACUUUGAAGGACCUAACAAGCGUCGUAGAUACUAA